AAGUCGACACAAUGGCUGCUGUUCCAUUGCUGAAAGAAGAGCCGAUGGGUUCAGAGGAUGGCUACGACAGAACAGAAGAUCUCUCUUCCGACCGAAGGAAACAAUUACCACUUCUACGAACAGCCAACAUCGGAUGGGCGGUUCUGUGCGCUGGUCUGCUCGGUCUGACCAUUGGAAUUACAGCAGGUGUCGCCAUUCUGGUCGUGCAAGGCUGGAGUUCGAAAUCAGAAACAUGUAUAUCAAAAACAGCGGGACCGUCACCAGUAACGAGAGAUGUGGAUAUCACCUACCAUACAGAGCAGUUCAACGGAUCGUUGAUGAUGGAGAACAUCUACCGAUUGCCUGGAAGUCCAGAGGUCGAUGCUGCGUGGGAGGCGUUGGGCGUGAAUUAUCGCCCACUCCAAGUCCCGUACGAAGUCGGCCUAGAAAUCGGCCUUUCUCCAGAUCAGGUGAAAUUGCAGAAGCAGCACGGCGGUGGCUUCCCAGCAAACGUAGAAGGGUUGCAUCAUCUACACUGCGCAAACUUGGUCCGACAAGCCCUCUACUACAACAUCGACUACUACCGCGACCUCGGAACCGGAGCCUUCCAAAACGAGCCCCACAUCGUGCAAAAGCACGUCUCACACUGCCUAGACGUUAUCCGGCAACAGCUCAUGUGCACAGUCGACAUCGGAGUCCUCGGCCAAGUCUGGUUCCAGCCCGGCGACUCCGACGUCCCAGAGCCUUUCGUCGACUUCAACACAAAACAUGUGUGUCGGAACUUCGAUGCGAUUCGACAAUGGGCGGAAGAGCGACAGAUGCCUGAGGAGGUGCCGGAUGAUUUGAUACAGCCACCAGAGCCGGGCGACUAUAUCUAUGAUCAUGUACCAUAGUUGGUGUUUGUCGUCUCUUGUGUUUUGUGGAGCCUUUGUAGCGUUUGAAGCAUUUGCACAUAUUUCUGAAGGGCCUUGCGUCAUGAAGACAAUGCUGGCUGUCUCGUUGCAUCACCGUCGAACGGCCGCGACUCGUUGUGCAGUCCUGCUCUGACUCGUUGUGGGCGAUUGCUGAUAGACAGCCGCAUCGGUCGAACUCGUCAUAGAGCGUCCAGAGGCGACAUUUGG